AUGACGGUGACCGAGCUGAACGCGCGCUCAGUUUGGGACCAGAUGAAUCUCGAGUCCAAAGAGAAGCGCUUGCUGAUGGUAGGUUUGCUCCCGAGAGCGUUCGUCGGUUACCACAAAACCAGCAACAAGGUGAGUGCCACUCACAAACUCGUCGCUGCACUUCCGCCGGAACUCGGCGAGGAUCAGUACAGAAACGAACGCCUAACGAGCUUCGCGUACGACAUCACCCACAACCGGACGUCGAUCAUCACGGUCAUGCUGAACGAUUACCGUUACUGGACGGAGCGCAGCGUGAACUUUUACCAGCUAUUUACCCGUUUCUACCGUCGACUGGCCGGAGUUGUGCUGAAGCGAAGCGGUGCUCCCACCGAAGAAGCGGCGCAGCGACGAAUUCUCAUCAAACGAUCGCACGAGGACGGGUUUGAGCACGUGCUGAUCGACGUUGAGUUUCCCGACUUUGAUUUUGAAGGCGGUGGCGAAGGCGAUUCUGUCACGGAGACAAACUUUGCCUGCUUGAAGUUUAUUCUGGAUUUCGAGGACAUGACGGCGAUUAGAGCGUUUGCCGAAGAGGACAACAACCGCUGCAAGUUGCUGGACUACGUGACCGUUCGGUUCAUGAUCAAGGAGCAAAUGAUCUCCGAGACAUUGGCCGCCACGAUCAUGACAGCGGUGGAGACCUCUUCAGGCGAGACGCCGAAACUCGCCACCAAGCUCAACCUGGACGCGUUCCACGCCACCUUCAUGUACGUCCGCUGGCGAUACUACGCCCGCGAGGCGCUCGUCAACGCUGGCUUUCCGGAUGCGUACGUUGACGACAUGUGCCGCCUGGACGGAUCGCGGCUGCAAAUGUUGGUCCAGCGGCGGCGACGAAGUCGCGGUGGUUUGGAUGCUCAGAAGAAUGCCCCUGCAGCAGUGGUUUAGCGAUCCCUUUACAAACUACG